CUGCAGGCGGUCCUUCGCUGUCGUCCCAAGUCUUCUGUGUCGGGAUUGGCUGAGCAACACAGUCCGAGGUCUGUCUCGGCAUCCUAUUGGUUCCUGCUCUUGUCAAUCUCAUUUUUCCCAUUGUGGUGACAGAUGGAAGGAAAAACAAAAUUAAUCUGUGCGCUCGGGCGGCCAUCUUGGUUUUCCUUGCACAGGAGAGAGUGGAAUCCCAGCUGGUGGGAAACCUUGAGAAUUAUUCCUCGUCAAGGAUAAUUCCCGGUGGUCACAUAUUUGGGAUUUUUCCCAGCACAUUUUUGAGGAAGUAUACGCGGGCAGCCAGAUGGCAAGAAUCCUGUCCUGUGAGCGGAACGCGUCUGGAAAGCAGUCGGUCUGCUCGCGUCGAGGCUGAAAUAACGUUAGCGGGCCGAGCUAGCUGUUAGGUACCGAGUCGGGUGCACCGUUUUCGGCUCUGUGCUGCAGCUGUUCCCGCUGGCAUUUUCCAUGCAGCCGGAGGAUUCUUUCCAGCGGGACACGAUAUGUGGACUUUUACCACAGGACCGAUAAGGUUUCUGUAUGCUUAUAAAGCGUUAUUCCCGGAUAAAAUGAUGUAAUGUUUACUUACCUGGCAGAAAAGUGGACUGAAUUCAGAGUUCAGUUUGAUAAACGACCUACGAUCUUACAUUUUACAAACAGAAAUCCGCCGAAUUACAUUCAGAAGUUCUCCCAGCGUGUUUGUUGAAGUUUACGUUAAUGUUAAUAUGUACUACCAGGAAUUCGUGUUAAUUUUUUUUGAGGCCGUAAUCAAGUUUUAAAGAUAAACUUUUUUUUUUUUUGAUGGACUUAAAGUUUUGAUGGUUUUAAGUCAGGACGAACCUGUCCGCAGUUCACUGGAAAAAGACACGAGGACGACAACACACUGGAUUAAGAACUAAUUAAGGGUUUAUUAUUUCUGUUACUGUCAUUGGAUGUAAAAUGGGAUCAGCGACCAAACUGGCCUUCAGUGUUUUCCUCAUCUCCUGCUCCUCAGGUGCCAUCCUGGGCCGCUCAGAGACGCAGACAUGCAUCCACUACAACUAUAACCCCUCCGUGAUGGAGACACGGGGGAACCUCAGCGGUGUGGAGACCUGCUCUGGGGAGAAAGACAAGCGGCUGCACUGCUUUGCCACCUGGAGGAACGUGUCAGGCGUUGUGGAGGUGGUCAGACAGGGCUGCUGGCUGGAUGACGUCAACUGUUACGACAGGAAUGAAUGUGUGGAAAAGAAAGAUGCUCCUGAUGUUUUCUUCUGCUGCUGUGAAGGUGACUUAUGCAAUGAGAAGUUCUUCUACAGUCCAGAAACCCAGACGCCAUGUCCACCAUCCAGUAAGUCGAUGCCUGCGAUGCUACCGCUAUUGACCACACUGAUGUACUCGCUGGUGCCAAUAAUGGGCAUCACCGGCAUCGUCCUCUGCUCCUUCUGGAUGUACCGCCACCGCAAGCUGGCCUACCCACCUGUGCUGGUGCCCACUCAGGAACCGGGCCCAAUGCCCCCCUCACCCAUCCUGGGCCAGAAGCCGCUGCAGUUGCUGGAGAUCAAAGCCAGGGGGCGCUUUGGCUGCGUAUGGAAGGCUCAGUUGCUCAGUGACUAUGUGGCGGUCAAAGUCUUCCCUAUCCAGGACAAACAGUCGUGGCAGAACGAGUAUGAAAUCUACAACCUGAAUGGGAUGAGACACGACAACCUGCUGCAUUUCAUUGGAGCAGAGAAGAGAGGAACCAGCAUGAACGUGGAACUGUGGCUUAUCACUUCCUACCAUGACAAGGGCUCGCUGACGGACUACUUGAAGGCCAGCGUGGUGUCCUGGAAUGAGUUGUGCCACAUCGCCCAUACGAUGGCCCGCGGCCUGGCAUACCUGCACGAGGACAUGCCUGGACACAAGUAUGGACACAAGCCUGCCAUUGCCCACAGGGACUUUAAAAGUAAGAAUGUGCUACUGAAGGAAAACCUCACCGCCUGCAUCGCUGACUUCGGCCUCGCUGUCUGGUUUGAAGCUGGAAAGUCUCCUGGAGACACACACGGACAGGUGGGCACCAGGAGGUACAUGGCUCCAGAGGUUCUGGAAGGGGCCAUUAAUUUCCAGCGAGACGCCUUCCUGAGAAUCGACAUGUACGCUCUGGGCCUCGUGCUGUGGGAGCUAGCUUCACGCUGUAAGGCUGCUGAUGGUCCACUUGACGAAUACAUGCUGCCGUUUGAGGAAGAGGUGGGACAGCAUCCGUCCCUGGAGGACAUGCAGGAAGUGGUCGUGCACAAAAAGCUGAGGCCUACGCUUAGAGAGUGCUGGCAGAAACACACUGGUCUGGCCAUGCUUUGUGAGACCAUUGAGGAGUGCUGGGACCACGAGGCGGAGGCUCGGUUGUCGGCGGGUUGCGUGGAUGAGCGCGUCGUUCAGAUGCAGCGGCAAACGAGCAUCACGGCACCAGAAGAAACUGUGACAGUGGUCACCAUGGUAACAAACAUGGACUACCCGCCUAAGGAGUCCAGCCUAUGACUAGGCUGACAGUCGGACAGCAUUACAGACUAGGUGAGCUGACAGAUCUGCUGUUUGUUUGCUGGCGCGGAUCAGUGUGAUUAGGCAGAUCAGGUGGUCCUGGUUCUGCCUGGUCCUGGUCUGAGCCUUUUGGUCGCGUCUGGCUCCACGUGUGUCUGCAGACCAGAGCCGGAGUGGAGGACGACCUGCAGCCAUGAUUCUUUUUUUAUUUGUGGAUGAACGUUUUUCUACACAUCAUGUGACCUGGGGGGGGGGGGGGGGGGGGGCUUCAAUUUGACAAAUGUUUUCCUUCAUCUGUACAAAACCUUUUUUAGAAGAGUUCUAUCUUUGAAACAUUCAGAGGAGGUCCCUGUUGUGCUGCACCGUGCUUUAAAGGUCGUGGACACGGUGGAACCCGAGCAGACUUAAGUUAUUCUGAUUCAUCACUGAAUCGACAGAAAAAGGUGCGAAAUGG